AUGGAAGGGUCUGACAGUGUAGAGCAGGGUGGCAAUGACCAGCCGGAGUCACAACGCAGAAGGCAGCUUGAUCGGCUGGACAGAGAGGAGGCCUUCUACCAGUUUGUCAACAAUCUCAGUGAUGACGACUAUCGUCUUAUGAGGGACAAUAAUCUUUUGGGCAAUCCAGGAGAAGUGACGGAGGAUGAGCUGUUUAGUAGACUUCAGCAAAUCAAAGAUGGCCCUGUGCAGCAGAACACCAACCCAACUACUGAGAGUAGUGAAGAUCCCGUUGAACAACCAGAGCCCUCUGAGGAUCCUGCUGGUGGGGAUAGCCUCUUGGACUGGCUCAACACAGUUCGGCGCACUGGCAACACAACCAGAACUGGUCAUCGUGGAAACCAGUCAUGGAGGGCUGUAAGUCAGACCAACCCGAAUAGUGGUGAUUUUCGCUUCAGCCUGGAAAUUAGUGUGAACCGCAACCUGGCUGAACAGCAGGCAGCUGCCGAACGGGAGCAGGAGCAAGAGCGGGAGCAAGAACAAGGGCGGGAGCCAGAGCCAGAGCCGGAGCCGGAGCCAGUGCCGGAGCCGGAACAAGGGCGGGAGCAAGAGCAGGAGCCGGAGGCCCCUGGACAAGCACCCGAGGUCCAAGAGGUACUGACAAAUCCUGAACCGCAGGUUCCAAUGGAGACCGAGGUGGUGGAAGAACCAGUUGUGGAGGAGUUGGCUGUUAUUGUCGAGCCAGAGCCUGAGCCUGAGCCUCAGCAGGUUGUUUCACCAGAGGUGGUAGAGGGGCCUCCCAGCCCACCUGUGGUGCUGCCAGCACAACCCCCGCCGUGUCCGUCCCCACGUAGAGGACAAAGGAGGGCCCGCAGCCGUAGUCCUGAACCCCGCAGGACUAGAGCACGAAUAGCCAGGAGCCGCUCCCCUCUCAACCUGGAUCAGCUCGACGGGUUACCCACCCCACGACAUGCUUACCCCUCUCAAAGCCCCAGCUCUUCCUUUAAUGUCCCCCCCGUGCCUCUGGUGGAGGGCAGCUCCCGGACUCGACAGCACGUUCUUUCCAGACAAAGCACAGCUGAGAGUGAUGCUCAGCCACCCAGGGCUGGUGUAGAACCAGUCCCAGAGGCCCAGAAUGUCGGCUCUCAGGAAGGAGAGACUGCGGGCGUUGAAGGGGGCGCAGCAGGGCGCCGCCCCCCGACAAUAAUGCUCGAUCUUCAGGUGCGUCGCGUGCGCCCAGGCGAAUACCGGCAGAGAGACAGCAUCGCCAGCCGCACCCGCUCACGCUCCCAGAACUCAAACAACACAUUUCUUUACGAGAGCGAGCGCGGCGGUUUUCGCAGGACGUUCUCGCGCUCGGAGCGUGCAGGUGUGCGGACCUACGUCAGCACGAUCCGAAUCCCCAUCCGCCGAAUCUCCGACGCCGGCCUGGGAGAGGCCACCUCAAUGGCUCUCCAGUCUAUGAUAAGGCAGAUCAUGACGGGCUUUGGGGAGCUGGGCUACCUCAUGGAUUCAGACUCGGAUUCUUCAGAUUCCAACCGCGGAGCAAGCACGCCCGCAGACUUGGAAACCCUUAACAAUCCGGAGGUUAAUCAUUCUGACGCUCCUGCCGCCGAGGCGGAGGAGCAGCCGGUUGCUGCUGAGGGCCGGGGCAGGACAGUUGAGAGCGAGGCGGAUGAGGGCCUGGCCACCGGCCCGCAGGUCCUGGGCGGCAGGGCUCGCCCGCGGCCACCCAUCAACCUGGAGGAGCCCAGCUCGCUGCCCUUCCUGCGCCUCGCCCACUUCUUCCUCCUCAACGACGACGACGACGACCAGCCUCAGGGACUGACCAAAGAGCAGAUCGACAACCUCUCCAUGCGCAACUUUGGGGAGAGUGAUGCCUUGAAGACCUGCAGCGUCUGCAUAACGGAGUACGCAGAGGGGAACAAGCUGCGGAAGCUGCCCUGCUCUCACGAGUACCACGUGCACUGCAUAGACCGCUGGCUGUCGGAGAACUCCACCUGCCCCAUCUGCCGCAGGGCUGUCCUCGUAUCGGCCAACCGAGAGAGUGUGGUGUAA